AUGGCUCAGGAUCUGUCUCAUACAAGACCGGAAACGAUCAAUAGUUACAUGAGCUCUCGAAACCUCAAAAACCGAAAGAAUAAGAAAGUGAAUCCAAUUCCAAGCGUAGUGAGUACGACUGUAAACAAAUCUAAAGUUGCAUCAUCAGAAUCUUUACCUUUAAAACAAGAUCAAAUAGUUAAGACCAAAUUUACAGUAACGAAUGACCUGAAACAUAAAAUAAGAAAGAAUAAGGAGCAACAUGAGCCAGUCAUUGAUACCCCCGAGUUUAAACUCCUUUGCAAAUUGUUUGUCCCUCCAAAAUAUCUUAUACAUAAUGAUAAAAUCGCUGUAAAGCAACUAUACAACAACUUACCUUUGAUCGUGCCAGGUGCUAUCGAAUCGAAUAAUCCCCGUUGUAACUUAAAUUUUGAAUUGCAUCUUUUUCUUUCUUCUAUUGUCACACGUUACGUCACAUCGUGGUAUAUGACCAAACUCAAUACGGAUAAUCUAGAAUUCGUACAAAAUGUAUAUAAGAUAUUGUCCGACUUUGCUAAGGAUUUCAUUAGGAGAUUCGAUAUUACAUUACUGAACGGUUUAUUUCUGUUAAUUAAUGAACUUUGCUCAAUACUAAACAAUCAUAUCGAAGAAAUAAUUAGUGAUUCUACUAGUACGCAUGAUAUCAAAUUUGUUGAUGAUUAUUUAAGAAAUAAUAUGAAUAGAAAUACUAUUAAGAAUGCAGAUAAAGAUGUGAAGGAAAUAAUUAAACAGUAUUUAGCUGAUAAGCAUGUUAUCUUUGAAGAUAUAGAGUUUCAAAUACCAUCGGAAACAUUAUCAGAGACACAACAUUCUGAAGAGAACGGAAUACAAUAUUUCAGAUUAAUAGCGAGGGAAUUAAUAACUAUAUCAUUUGAUUCAAAUAUUAAUUGCGAUGAUAUUACACCAACAACGUCGCAUAUAACAAUGUCUUUACUUACAAUACUAAUAGCCGAUCUUAUAAUUGACAAGUUAUUCAAAAAAAUAGCGUCUCCUCAAUUUAUGUUAGAGACGAUUAUAAGUAAUACAUUUGAUAUGAUAACUAAGUUUUUAAAUAAGAACGAAGAUACUCAACUGGGGAACAAGAAUAACGGGCCACGUACCAUAGGAAAUGUGAUAUAUAAUAGUUUCAACAAUAUUACUCAUUUAAUACUCAACAUACACCACAUAUCCGAAACCUAUGGAUCUAAUAAUAGUACAAAUAUUCUAGAAAAUUCACUUUUCCAAUUGAUUAAUACUGUCACAGACUUCUCUAGUAAAAAACCAUUGCUUGCAAGUUUUCUUCAAUUCAUUAAAAGAAUUAUCAUGACUAAUAAAUCAACCGCAAGAAUAUUUGACGCCAUCAGUAAGUGGUUUAUUUAUAAUCAAGUUGCUAGGUCCGGGAUACUUAGUGAUGAGCUUGGUUGCAAAAUUCUAAGGAGUUUUCGAGAAGGUAUAUUUAAAGAUAACAGCGACGAAGGUGCGAAGGAAAAUAUUCUAGAAGAAAAAAUGACGAUAGAAAGUCUUUCCUGUAAAAUGGUUGGGAUUUUGUCAAAUCAGAUCCCUAAUUCAAUAUUCGCUGGGAAGACAAUUACCAAUGUCUUCAGGUUUUCUAAUGAAACAGACGAAGAUUUGAAAAGGUCAAUUAACAAGUUCUUAAUAGCUUUCAAUUUCGAUAUUUCUUCGAUAGAUAAUAAUUCAAUUAACGAAGUAUGUUACUUGAAUCAAUUACUUAUGAUUCAAUGGAUAGACUGUAUUGUUUCAACCUUAUAUCCAGAAUUGAAUAAAUAA